GCAGUAUGUGAUGCAAAGACAGAAGCAAAAAGAGGACGGAUUUCUCAAAGAAGUGAUAGUACAUCAAACUGAAAUGAACACACCACAAAAUCUGUUUGUGAAAAUAUUCAGUUCUAUACUUAAGAGGGUCCUAAUAAAAUACUGGAUUUACUUCUGUUCCAUCAUGUUCUUUAUUGUCAGCUUCAAUGGCAAAGUGGUCCUGUAUAAAAUUCUUUACAUUAUCCUUUUUUUGUUCUGUGUGGCUUUGUAUCAGUUUCAUUAUGAAGGAUGGCGACGAGUCCUGAAGGGAUUUUGGCUAAUAAGUGUCUCUUAUUCCAUGAUAGUCCUCAUUGCUUUAUAUUCUUACCAGUUUGAGAUGGUUUCUGCAUUUUUCCUAAAAACUUUGGAAAUAUCAGAGGAAAGGUUAAAAGAUUUGGGCCUUGAGCGGUUCAGCACAAAGGAACUUUUUACAAAGAUUACAUUACCCUGUGCCUUUCUUCUGGUUUGUAUUGUUCAAUUGCAUUAUUUCCAUAAAGAUUUCCUGAAUAUCACAGAUCUGACCAAUAUUUCUGUGAAUCCAUCUUCUUCAUCUGGCAGCGACAAGCAAAUGGAAAUUCUUGUGUGUCUUCUGGCUAAUAAGCUGGCUUCUGAGCCAUUACAACAGUCUUUUCCAGAUGGACUGGAGAAAUCUGAGAACACUCCAGAAAAUGUGGUAAAGAGGAAUAAAUGGGAUGAAGAGGUGGACAAGUUGGCACCUUGUCUUCUAAAGAUAAUUGCAAUAGCUCAGGAUAUGCAGGUGUUUGCAUGGAGAUUUCUGGAGCUGCACAUCCUUAAGAUUGUGUCCACUUGGACUAUCUGGAUCACACUUCAAGAGGUGUGUUUGAUGAACUAUGUUUUCUUUAUUGUGUGGACAUUUGCUAUUCCUUAUUCCAAAUUUCGUCCCCAUGCCUCAAGAAUUUGUACAUUUUGGUCUUGUUUGAUGGUCAUCUGUAAAAUGUUAUAUCAGCUGAAUUUUUUCAAGCCCUGGAAUUAUUCCUCAAACUGCACUCAGGAAUUGUAUUUGAAUAUGACUUCCCAUUUUAUCAAUGUUGAUGAGUUUUUGGAGAAAUCAUCUUUGUACGUGGCACCAAUUGACCCAGCACUCUGGAUUGGAGGACUGAUGAAGUGCAGUGACAAUAUUCUUCUUUCUCUAAAGAACCAUCUUACCAUCCUGAUUCUAAUGGCUUUAGAAGCAACAGUGUAUCGCCACCAAUAUUUUUACUGGACUCAGAACCAACUAUUACCACCUGUCACAGGUAGCCUUUUUAAUAAUAUUGCCCGGGAGAACUUGGAUGAAGGGCUACUCAACUGCAUCAAAUACUUUCUCAACUAUAGUUUUUACAAAUUUGGACUGGAGAUGUGCUUUGUGGCGGCAGUUAAUGUGAUUGGGCAACGCAUGGACCUCUAUGCACUUAUCCAUGCAAGUUGGCUGACUUACCUGUUGAGCUACCGUCAGAGGAAAGCAAUAGCCCAAAUCUGGCCCAAAUACUGUUUCUUCCUUGCCAGCAUUGUGGCCUUUCAGUAUUUGCUUUGUAUUGGUCUCCCACCUGCUUUGUGCCAAGAUUAUCCAUGGAGAAGUUCCCACUGGCUGUUCCCUUCAAAUCUGAUUAAGUGGCUUUAUCUGCCCGAUUUUGCUGAAAGACCCAAUACUAAUUUUCUCCUGUAUGAUUUCCUUCUUCUGCUUUUUGCUUCCUUCCAAUGGCAAGUUUUUGAAGAUGAGGAUCAGCCUGUAAUCAGGCUGCAAGCUGGAGAUAACUCAGAGAUUAAUCAAGAUUUGGGCCCAGCAGGUCUCAGUGAAUUCAGUCGGGUACUAAACUUUAUCCAUUGCAGAUCUUAUUUGGAUCUGAUGAAAGUGCUUAUAUUCAAGUACCUUUUCUGGAUUGCCCUUUGCCUAAUUUUUGUGAAUGCAACAGCCAGGAUCAGCAUCUUUUGUAUGGGCUACUUUGUUGCCUGCUUCUACUUUUUGCAUCUUGGACAAAGCCUUCAGCUGAAGCCUCUCAGAGACAUUCUUAGACCAUGGGACUACUUGAUUGCCUACACUACUUUGGUUAUAACAGUAAAGAAUCUUCUUGCUAUUGGAGCAUGUGCAUACCUUAAUAAAUUACAAAUAAAUUAUUGUUGGCUAAUUCAGACCUUUGCUAUCUAUUGCACAAUACCAGGAUAUGAAAUAGAUCCACCUAAUGAUGAGAUAUGUGAAUUGCCCAAGGAUGAAGCAGGAAUUCUGUGGGAUGCAGUAUGUUUCACAUUCUUACUGAUUCAAAGAAGAGUUUUUAUGAGCUACUAUUAUCUCUAUAUUGUGACUGAUUUCAAGGCUACAGAUUUCUUAGCCUCCAGGGCAGCUGAGAUGUUUGAGUUGAAGCUGAAAAAAAAGGUAACUUCUCAGAUGGAAGAAAAUAGAAAAUCAAUGGAAAUCGUGAAAAAGCAGAUGGACCUGGUUAAAUCAAAAUUUAAAAACCAAAGCUCCUGCAAAGUACUAGAAACAGAGUCUGAUCAGAAAUUGGAAGAGGAGGUUCCAGGAGAUGAUACCAGCAAGAUGGAAAAAGAGAAUAAAAAGAAUUGUUGGCAGCCAUGGGUGACACAAAAUUCAGUGGUUCGAAUUGGAAGCUAUAGCCUUUUUGAUACAGAUAGUGAAGAAGAAGAAGAAGAAGAAGAAAACGAACACUCUGAAAAGAGCAAAAAAGAAUUAUUUAAAAAGAAAACAGCAUGGCAGCUUGCAUAUGAAGCCUGGAUAAACAAUGCAAAAUCAGCUCUAAAUAUCAGAGAGCAAGAUGAAAUUAGAAGUCAAAGAAAUAAAAAGGAGGAGGAAAGGAAAAAGAGGUUGCCAGGGGUUGAAAGAGCUAAUGUCACUUUGGAAUCCUCUGAUGAAAAUAUAGUGAUACUGGCUUCUGAAGAGGACUUGGAUAAGUCAGAAAGUAUUAUGCAAAGAAUAAUCAACAUUAUUAAGCUUAUCUCCAUCUUGAGGCAUGCAUUGAUGGAUGGUAUUAUAGAAGCCCUUAAUUCCCUCGUUAAAGAUAAUUUGGACAUUGCUGAUGCAUUGAGAAUAAACAAAUAUAUUCUUUCGCAACAGAUGAACAAGGGAAAUGAGGUUUCAGCAGAUAUGGUUCUACAACAUUACAGAUUUGGGAAUAAUCAGCCAGUUUAUGGAGAAUAUAGAGCCAAAAUAAUAGGAACUGAGGAAAGCCAAGGCAAGGUAUCUGAAUCCCCACCAACUGAGAAUACUGAGCCUUUAUCUGUGCAACUGAGGAGAUCCAGUGAAACUGACAAAGAUGUAAUGGGGACUGAGAAGAUAGAAGGGGGAAGUGAAAAAGAAGCCCUCUCCCAAGGAUUCACUCUGAUCACUUCCUGUGCAGAACCUGCCAUUCUUUCUAACUCUCCAUCAGAAAUUCAAGAGUCUGCAGAUUCCUUGUUCACUAGAAGUCCAAAAGCCAACAAGCCAUUAGGUGAAAUAUCUCCUAUGAUGACAACCAGUGAGCUGGUGCUUAACAGGCAAGCCAUAUCUCAUUAUGCUUUUAUUAAAACUCCCAUAAUCAUUCUUCAUGACAGUGAGCUGGAGCAGUCAGAUAAAUUUUACCAAUGCCUUCCUUUCCCCUUGAAGCUGGGAGUUGCUUUGUACCAUGUUAUGGUCUCUACAUCAGAAAUGCUUUGUUAUUUUGUUAUCAUUGUGAACCACAUGGUUUCUGCUUCCAUUCUUACUUUGGUUCUCUCCAUCUUGAUAUUCCUGUGGCCUAUGUUGUCCAGUCCAAGGCCUACCAAAUUCUUCUGGAUGACAGCAAUCAUUUACACUGAGAUAAUGAUUGUGAUCAAAUGUAUUUCCCAGUUUGGAUUCUUUCCUUGGUCUUCUAAGAUAUAUUGCAGUAUCAGUGCAGAAGCACCAUUUGCCUUGCCAAAUAUAAUUGGGAUUGAGAAGAAAGAUGGAUUUGCACAGUAUGAUAUGGUGCAGCUCCUAGCCUUGUUCUUGCACAAGUACAUCUUGAAGUGUCAAGGUCUCUGGGAUUCUAAAAUACUAGAUCCUAAACAAAAGGACAUGGCCAAGAAAUCUAAGAAGAAAAGUUGCAAAGAUCAUUCGAAAGAACAUCAGUCUAGCUCAGAAGGAUGGCAUCUCUCUAGGAACAUUUUAAAGAGGGUUAAUAGAGACAAAUCUCUGAAAGAAGCCCAGAAGACAUGCAGCUUUUUCAGAAAACCUCCAUCUGGCAAGAAGAGACAUUCUAAAGAAACAAUAAACCGGAAGAUUCUUAACACAAAAAAGUUGCUGAUUAAAAUUGUGCUUUGGAUUUAUCGGCCUAUCAAGCAGUUCUUCUAUGACACCAUUGAUCCCGAGAGCAGCCCAGUCUGUGAUAUCUAUGUUUUCAUCUUCAUUGCUGAUGUGAUUAAUUUUAUUAUUGGCAUCUUUGGCUAUGGGGCAUUUGGGAUGCAUUCAGACAGUGAUAUCACAGAAUCCCUUUUGGAAGAUGAAGUCCCUGUAUCUUGGCUUAUGAUACUCUUGAUACAGUUUGGCACCAUGAUAAUUGAUAGGGCACUCUACCUAAGAAAGAACACAUUUGGGAAGUGUGUUUUCCAAAUGAUCUUGGUCUUUGGCGUUCAUAUUUGGAUGUGUUUCAUUUUGCCACAAGUAACACAAAGGAGAUUUAACAGGAAUAGAUUGGCUCAGGUGUGGUAUUUGGUCAAGUGUAUUUCUUUUGGUUUGUCCGCAUAUCAGAUCAAAUGUGGCUACCCAAAUCGGACCACGGGCCGCUUUUUAACCAAGAAUUACAACUAUAUAAACCUCUAUUUAUUCCAAGGAUUCCGCAUAAUACCUUUCUUGGUUGAGCUGAAGGCUGCCAUGGACUGGGUCUGGACUGAUUCUACACUCAGCCUGUCCAGUUGGAUCUGCUUAGAGGAUAUUUAUGCAAAUAUUUUCAUUCUAAAAUGUCAGAGAGAGGGUGAAAAAAAAUAUCCCCAACCUCCUGGGCAGAAGAAGAAACGAAUUAUGAAAUAUUGGAUGGGUGGCUUCACUAUCUUCUUACUUGUCUUCAUUAUGUGGUUUCCACUUCUUCUUAUGUCAUUGAAAUCUGUGACAGGUGUCACCAACCAGCCCCUGGAUAUCUCUGUCAAAAUUACCAUCAGUGGCUAUGAGUCCUUGUUCACUAUGAGUGCUCAGCAACAAAAUCUGGUUCCUUUCACGCAUGCAGCAUAUAAUCAAUUCACUGCUCAAUAUGCUCUCUAUCCUUCUGCCUCGUACUUUAUAGGUGGCUAUAACCCAGAGGACAUUGUAACUGCUAAAAUAAAAGGCAAUGCCAGCCUGCUUUGGAGCAUCAGUCCAGGGAAUCGGAAAGCUAUGAUUGCAGAGCUCUCCAAUUCCUCUGCAGUUUAUGUCAACUUCCACUGGACUCUUACCAGGAAUGCUUCUCUUGUGAUGAAUAUUGAAGCAUCUGGCGUACAUACUGUGCGAUAUGGAGAGAAGGAAAUAAGGGAUCAAAUCGUUCACAUGCUCUCUGGGACUCGGACUGAACCAAUUGUACUUCCUGGUAUUCUACCAAAAUAUCUCAGAGCAACUAAUGGGGCAGAUGCUAAAAUAGCAAAUAACUUGAAAGUUGUUCAUUCCCAGAAGUUAGAAGACAUUGAUGCGAUGGCCUUCUUCAGAAAUAUAACCAUAAAGCUGCAGCGCUUGCCAGACAAGGAGUCUUCAAGUCAUGUUUCUGAAUGGUGGAUUGUUAAAGAGCAGAAGCCUCUCUGUUUGGAUAACAAAUGCAGCAAGAAUAUGGAGAUUAUAAUUUGUAACGAUAAAGUUAAUCCUUCUGGCCUGGGAUACAUCACUUCAUAUGGCAUUAUCGGUCUCUAUAUGUCAUUUGUUUUGGUUAUUGGGAAAUUCAUCCGAGAAUAUUUCAAUGGUGCCUCGCAUUCCAUCAUGUUCGAAGAGCUGCCCAAUGUGGACCGUAUCCUGAAACUGUGCACAGAAAUCUUCUUGGCCAGAGAGGCUGGAGAAUUGGAGCUAGAAGAGCAGCUUUUUGCUAAACUCAUAUUUCUGUACAGAUCACCUGAAACGAUGAUCAAAUGGACCAGAGAACGCAAGGAAAAAUAAAAAGCAGCAUGG